AUGGCGGUGCAGAGUUGCGGUGAUAUACAGGCGUUGCUGGAGGAUUGUAUAGCCAACGUGCUGUCGCUGACCAGCCCUAAGGACGCCAGCUGGAUGUCGGUGGUCGCCUCCAAGGUCCGUGCCGCCUCCCAGUCCGACGUCGUUUGGAGUCGCUUCUUGCCCUCUGACUAUAGGGAGAUCGUUUCCCGCGCAGUCGACGGCUACGACUGGUUGCUUGAUGGAUCUCGUUCUAAGGACAUAUACCUUCAUCUAUGUGAUCAUCCGAUUCUCAUCGAUGGUGGCAGGAAGAGCUUUUCAUUGGAGAAAUGGAGUGGAAAGAAAUGCUUUAUGCUAGCUGCAAGAGAGCUUUUUAUUGCGCGGGCUGAUACUCCUCAAAAGUUCCCCGAAGUAGCAGAGCUUCCUGAUGUGUGCUGGUUCGAAAUACGGGCCAAGAUUGAUACCAACUUGCUAUCCCAUGACACCAAUUAUGCACUAUACCUCGUGUUCACUCGCAGGUCACGAUUCUUUCGAUUACCUGCCAGGUCUCAAGUGUUGAUCCUUGGGCAUGAAGCCCAAAAACGUACGGUUUGUAUACAUCCAGAAAGAGAACUGACGGGAAGGCGCAUGGGGUUGUACUACCAUCGUCCACCCCGUGACGAUGACGACGAAGACGAAUACAUCCAGAUACGUCGCGAAGACGAUGUGUAUGAGGGGCCCUAUGCUGAGUUCCCCGGGGACAGGAAGUACCCCAAGCAGAGGGAUGACGGAUUGGAUGGAAGUCGAGUUGGGAGAGUACAUUGUCAGGAGCGGAUAUGA